UCCUCCUCCUCCUCCUCCUCCUCCAAUCCUCCUCCUCCGAUCCUCCUCCUCCAUGCCUGACUCCUCCCUGCCGCCCCGCGGGCGGAUGCCGUCUGGGGGCUCCCCCGCCCCUCGGCCGCUCAUGCUGCGGUGUGUCCGUCGGCUGCGGGAAGCGGGCCUGACGGUCGCCGCGCUGACGAACAACUACGCCCCGGGCCCGCCCAGCAGCGAGGCGGAGAGGAUCCGCCGGGAGGAGGAGCACGCUGCGUUUGCUGCCCGGUUCGACCACUUCAUUCGGGAAUCAAGGGUGGUCGGCUUGAGCAAGCCCGACCCAAAAAUAUACUCGCUGGCACUGCGGCAGAUCGGCUGUCAGGCGAGCGAGGCGAUCUUCCUGGACGACAUCAAGGUGAACCUAAAAGCCCCUGCACAGAUGGGAGUUCACACUAUCCUGGUCAGGAACGAAACGGAGUGUUCUUUCCACGAGGCGUUGCGAGAGCUCGAGGUUGUGUCAGGCGUCAAAUUGCUGGAUGGUAGUACCAACGUUGAUGAAUUGCCCGCUUCCCGUCUUUGAACUACCCGGCACGAGCUGUGAAAAGGCGAUUCGUCGCCCGCCUAUUUCGAGGCGUAUGGAGGCUUUGCGAAUUUGUUCUGGCCAGAAGGCACUCAUGGUGACAGGCGCGUGCGUCACGUUAUUUGCAACAUGUUGCGUCCUUGUUUUCCGCGUUCGUUUCUUCUGGUGCGCGUGUCGUGCGCUUCAUUGCACAUCGGACCACGUGGUCACGUCGGUUCGGUUGCAUAGCAUUGGUGUGUUCUUUAUGCGUCUCAUGCCUGGUGAUUCACAUCGAAGCAGAAGGGCUGCAGGCGUGUUCAUCCCCCCCCCCUGCGACGCUCCCACGGCCCGGCCCGUGCGCU